AUGCCUCCCACGCGCAAGACCGGCCCGUCAGUGCCGAAGCCGCAGCCCAGCAAGAAACAGCGACGCAGGGCUUGCGAUAUAUGCUUCAAAAGAAAGAUACAAUGUGAUGCUGAGUUCCCACAAUGUAAUUGGUGCAAGCAUCAAAGUCUCGCCUGCACCUAUAACAGGCUUGCUGCCUCGAAAGACGGCGGCAUAUACCUUCCUAAAGAUGUGACAGGGCAUAGUAUACGCUCCAAACGUGCAUAUACUCAAUCCUUUCCCAGCGGACAUAAUUCUGUCAACCGUGCAAAGUCUAUCUUAAGCGGUAUGGCCUAUUUCAACGGAGCACAUAUGUUCUCCAGCAGGGAGUGGAUCGAAGCGCGUACCGGAGAGUCCAUCAACUUUGAGAAUAUAUACACAAUGGAGCUUCCAUGGGCGAACACAAGCCGCAUACAUGACAGUUCCGGUACACGCUCGGAGUUCAAACUCCCCAGCCGCUCGAUCGUGGAGGGCUACGCCAGGCUUUGGUGUACAUCUUUUGAAGGCCUCGUCUUCCCCGUAAUCAGCAAGUGGCUCUUCACCGAGACCCUUGAUCUCGCCUAUGGACCGGGGCAAGUAUUUGGCUGGGGCAGUGCGAGAGCCUGUAUCUAUUCCUUUCUCGCGCUUGUGACACUUUUCGAGCUUGGCGACAACUUGCACGGGGCUAUGGAUUGCGGGUCUUAUGCUUUGGCUGCUCAGAAUUUGAUGCCGAAAAUUACGCAGGAGAUGACGCCCAGUGGCUUGGAAGCUCUGGUGAUGCUCAUUCAGCUCCAGUACUUUCUGGGCGACUUCCAGGCGGCGUCAAUUUCCGUCUCCAUCGCUAUACGUCUGCUAUACAAGUUCGAAGCUCACACAUCGCCUGACGUGAGCUCACUCGACCAUCCCCAUCCUUACGACAAAAGUAUCCUGGAAUGCCACCUACGCGACCUCUUCUGGCUCUGCUACUCCUGGGACAAAGACCUCUGUCUCAGGACGGGACAGCCGCCCUCCAUACUCGAUUGCUCAUGCGACUUAUCCCUCCCUUCAAACUACGCUCAAAUGCAAGACACCAACAUCCAACAGCCGGCAAUACCCAUCGACGACCGCACCGUCCCGCUCUACCCAUUCGACCUCCGCCUCUCCAUGAUAAAAUCCGAAGUAUACCAAUCGCUGUACUCUGCAAGUGCGCGCAGGAAAUCAGAUACAGAGAUCCUAUCGACUAUUCGAAAUCUAGAUCAGGUGCUGGAGCAGUGGCGCGUCUCGCUACAUCCUGAUUUCCGGCCCACGCUAUGGUUCACACAGGAGAUGCGCGUGAAUGCGAACUUGAAUACGCAGGCCGCUAUGCUUCGGCUUGCGUACCAUCAUUGUUUUACGAUAAUUCAUCAGGCGAGCGAGCGAUGCACGCUGUCCGGGUAUGGACACGAGAGUCAAUUCGAGGGUAUAAGCUCGAGUAUAAGUCUUACGAUCCACGCGAGCUGGUCGACGCUGUCAUACCUGCAAGUCGCAAUCCCUGCACUAAAGGCCCAUGUAUUCUGGGUCGUGAUCUUCUACGCCAUAACUGGUGUCCUUACUCUUUUCCACAAUAUCCUCAAGGACCCCCUGCGCUCCGACGCCUCUACUCAUGUACGCAUCCUGCAAGACUUUCCGAGUCUAAUUCGUAGUAUACCCAUCAGCACGCUUACGCUGGGUGAAGUCAUCCACAUGCGGUUUCUGGAUGGGUUCACAGCCGAGCUUGCGAGGUUGGGUCAAUGUGCGAUCUUGAAAGCGCAGCAGGAUCAGCCUGUUCAGCAUACACAGCACUAA